AUGGGUGGGCCCGGCAGGACCUCCCCUGACCUGCGGGUGGCCCAGCAGAAGCUGCAGCAGGAGCUGGAGUUCCUGGAGGUGCAGGAGGAGUACAUCAAGGACGAGCAGAAGAACCUGAAGAAGGAGUUCCUCCACGCGCAGGAGGAGGUGAAGAGGAUCCAGAGCAUCCCCUUGGUCAUCGGGCAGUUCCUGGAGGCCGUUGACCAGAACACCGCCAUCGUGGGCUCCACCACCGGUUCCAACUACUACGUGCGGAUCUUGAGCACCAUCGACCGGGAGCUUCUGAAGCCCAAUGCUUCGGUGGCCCUCCACAAACACAGCAACGCGCUGGUGGACGUCCUCCCGCCCGAGGCCGACAGCAGCAUCAUGAUGCUCACCUCAGCCGCCUUCAUCCGGGUGGUGGGCUCGGAGUUCGUGCAGAAGUACCUGGGGGAAGGUCCUCGCAUGGUACGCGACGUCUUCCGCCUGGCCAAGGAGAACGCCCCCGCCAUCAUCUUCAUCGACGAGAUCGACGCCAUCGCCACCAAGCGCUUCGACGCCCAGACCGGGGCUGACCGGGAGGUUCAGCGCAUCCUCCUGGAGCUCCUCAACCAGAUGGACGGCUUCGACCAGAACGUCAACGUCAAGGUGAUUAUGGCGACGAACCGGGCGGACACCCUGGACCCGGCGCUGCUGCGUCCCGGUCGCCUGGACCGGAAAAUCGAGUUCCCGUUGCCCGACCGGCGCCAAAAACGUCUCAUCUUCUCCACCAUCACUGGGAAGAUGAACCUCUCCGAGGAGGUGGACCUGGAGGACUACGUGGCGCGGCCGGACAAGAUCUCGGGGGCUGACAUCAACUCCAUCUGCCAGGAGGGUGGCAUGCUGGCGGUGCGGGAGAACCGGUACAUCGUGUUGGCCAAGGACUUCGAGAAGGCGUACAAGACCGUCAUCAAGAAGGACGAACAGGAGCACGAGUUCUACAAGUGACAACUGGGGGGACGUUGGGG